CAAAAAUACUAGUGCAAGACUUGAACUUGAUUUACGUAGUGCAACCUCAGUGACACAAUGACACAUUUCCGAGAGUCAAUCGAUUUUUGCUUUGUCGGAAACGAUAGGUUGUUGAUGGCCAGCGAUGAUCUGAAGCUCUAUUCGAUCGAGGAUAUGUCCCGGGAACCCCAAUUGUUGGCAUGCUACUUGUUACCCUUUCCAGUGGCGAGCAUGUGGUGCCACCUACCCAUCAACGAUAUUGCGCACGGCUCACAGAUGCAGAUGCAAGCCCAACAAACGAUGUGGACCUCAGACCCUGAACAUCGACUGUUAUGUUAUUCCACGUUCCGUCCGAGUCUCGUCUUCGCCAUUUCUACCCAGAUUUUCUUCGAUCUCGACACAAAGCGCGUUGGUGAAAAGGCAGUGACGGUACCAUGGCAAAAUUGGGGCCCUACAAAUACUCGCGUGUUUCCGGACUCGUGGAAAGUUUGGGUCAGCGGGAAUCGAGUUUUACAGGCAUUCCCUACAGGCACCAGGUCCCAGUAUAGAUUGCAUAUGAUGGACUUCAGUCCGUUGGCUGUUGAGCGUCGGCAGGGUCUAGGACGAGUGGUGAGAGAGCCGUCUGCUACAGAGAUCCAUAAGCAGGGGAAGACGUUAAUAACCUCUCUGCCUUAUGUCGAGGUCGUGUCCGACAUAGUCUUCGAUGCUGUCGAAUUAAUUGGGGUGUGGGUCGAUAGGGAUAGAAUUUAUUUAGCCAAGAUGAUGGAUCCGCCGGAGGACAACGUAGGUUUCUCCAAGAAGUCUGCCAUACUGAUACUGAUUUCAUUCAGCCUGGGGAUCUAAGAAUGGAACAACUCAAAGUCAUCGAGAUGUCAAUCGCAGACCACUCGUGAUUGUGGUCUAGGCGUCCCCGAGCCUGUGUUUGACUGGGCAACCCAAAUAGAAAGAAGGCGUUGGCAGUCGAAAGUACUUUCCACGGUAUAGUUGGU